AUGUUGCAAGCUAUAGAAGAAUCAAGAUUUGCUAUUGUCAUUCUCUCAGAAAACUAUGCAACUUCAUCUUGGUGCUUGGAUGAACUUGCAAAGAUCAUUGAAUGUGAGAAAGAAUUGGGAAUAACAGUUUUCCCUAUUUUUCACUAUGUGGAUCCUUUUGAUGUAUGGAAACAAUUGGAACUUUUUAAGGAGGCCUUUGUUAAACAUGAAGAACGUUUUGAGAAGAAGAAGGUGAAGACAUGGAGAGAUGCUUUGAGUCAUGGCCUAGUAGGAAUAUACCCUCAGGCUAUGGAAUUGGAGUCUCUUUUAGCUUUAGAUCAAGUUGAUGAUGUUCGGUUUAUAGGGGUUUGGGCCAUGGGAAGAAUGGGUAAAACAACUCUUACUGGAUUUGUCUAUGAUAAGUUACGAGGGUUGGCUGGAGAGCGUAAUUGGUUUGGUUUGGGCAGUAGAAUUAUCAUAACAACAAGAUAUAAAGAUUUGUUGCAGCCACAUUCACUAACUAAAUCCGAAAUAUAUGAAGUUAAACCAUUGAAAGAUGAAGAUGCACGUCAUCUUUUUUAUUUGAAAGCUUUUAAAAAAGAGCACAUAACAAAUGAAUUUUUAAAACUAUCUAACAAGUUUUUAAACUAUGUUGAUGGUCUUCCUUUAGCUCUUGAGGUUUUGGGUUCCUUUUUGUUUGGAAAAAGUAUUGUUGAAUGGAAGAGUGCUUUAGAGAGGCUCAAAGGAGGUCCUAGGAGAAUUGUUAUCCAAGUACUUGAAAUAAGUUUUGAUGGACUCAAUGACUUACUAAAGGAAAUAUUUUUACAUAUUGCAUGCCUCUUUAAUCACGAGGAGAAAGAUUAUGUAGUAGAAAUACUUCAUAGUCUUGACCUCUACCCUGAAAUUGGAUUGAGGGAACUCAUUGACAAAUCUCUCUUGAAAAUUUCGGAUAAUAAUGAAUUGUGGAUGCGCAAUUUACUAAGAGAAAUGGGUAGGAACAUAGUUUGUCAAGAGUCUCCUGAUGAGCCUGGGAAGCGCAGUAGAUUGUGGCUUUAUGAGGAUAUUGAACACAUGUUGAUAAACAAUACGGCAAGAGGUUAUUUACUUGAGUUGUUUCCAUUUCUUCUUAUUUAG